AUUUUGUAUGCGGCCUUAAGUCGAUCUUAAAAUAAGAACUGACUGAAAAUAUGAACACCAGCCUUUUGAUUGGUUCAUGACAUCUCAAGCACUCGCUUAAGCUCUGUCGAAUCUUGAGCAACAUCUAUGAAUCCGUCCAUGUGUGACAAUAUGGCAGGCGUGUCGUUUAUCAUUCGAUCGAUUUAAAUUACGACAUUGAGGAAACAGAGCCACGGCAGCUAUUUGCAAACACUGGCUUCAUAAUGAUAUAGUAGCGCUUUUUAGCUUGGAUUUUUAAUAGACACGAAAUUAUUGUCUUUACCUAUCGUCUCAAAAAUCAAUAAAAUUGGACUUAUUCGACGCUUAUUUCUGCAUGAAACGAAAGAAUCUGGCAGGAAAAAAUGUGUCGCUCUGCCCCGCGAACCGAGAUUAAAAUCGUUCAACUUAACAACUAUUCAGGUUAAGAUAUCUGUCACAUCGAUGGUAUAAACUAGAGGGACAUGAGAACAUAUUCGAAAAUUCUUUUCCAGGAUUAAAGUAUAUACAAUACGUGUUUGUGAAGUGGAAUUUAUGCCGAAACAGAUGACAAAAAAUUUUAAAAGUGAGAUCUUAGAAAAUUUUUUUGUUCUCGGCAUAAACUCUACCAUGCAGACACGUAUUGAUGCGUAUACUUUAAUAACUAGUUCACACAACUAGUUCACUGAAAAGAUCCGUUCACCAAAAUAGUUUGUCGCGAAUAGAGGCCUAGGUCUAUCAGAAAGGUGAGGAAAUGGUCUGAUUGGCUGGCUAAAUUACGUGAUUCAGCGCCAUUUUCUUAUACACUAAGUAGAAUUAUGCCUACUGCAUAUUGAACGCGAUGAACGAUGAACGACGAGCGAUAUCCAAUAAAAGUUCUGCUUUUUUUCACGUGACAAUACAAAGCAAAACUCUCAUUGGAUGUCGUUUAUCGCUCAUCGCGUCCAGUAUGCGGUAAGCAUUAGCCCGGAUUCUUGUGUGGACAAUAACGCUUUAACCCCGAACGCUGAUUGAUGAAAAACGGGUGAUGGGGGGGGGGGGGGGGAGUAAAUUUUCCCGCCACAACCGGCUUUUCGUCAAUCAGCGUUCGAUGUCAGAGUGCUGUUAGAUUUCGGGUUUAAGCUGCGAUCAAAGUUUCACUUUAAAUGCUUUGAAGCGUUUGAUUGACCAAUUAGAAGAAAGAAUUUUACGAAUUGACCAGCCAAAAAACACUUUAGAGCAUUUGUAACAUCGCAUUAACCGUACCUUAGAUUUUAGUUUUCAAAAAGAAUUAAUCUUACUUCGACAUUUUGACAUGUAUGUAAUACUUCUCGCAUAUAUAAUGUAGAAUGGACUACGGAUGGUGGGGGUAGAAACACCAGUAGAGUGAGAGGCAGAUAAAUGGAUGAACGUUCUUUCUCUGUUUACUAAGCCUGAUUAGUUGUUGAUCCAGCAAGAUACUGUUCCAACCAAUCAUCCAUUUAUCUGUCUCUCACUCUACUUGUGUUUCUACCUCCACCACUGCUAUCGAUAGUCCAUUCUAUAUGUCGAUGGUAAUACUACAUAUAUGCGUUUUGAUUGAUUUUGAUUACUCCAUGGUAAAAGAGAAUGGCGAUGAUUUAUCGAUUUUUCGAUUAUCGACCGCACCUGUCGUUUCUCUGAUUUAUCUAGGACUUUAGUCGCAAACUACUCGUCCAACAUUUUUUCACAUGCAUUGUAUGUAUCGCUAUUGUGAACGCGUUAAUGACUCGAAGCCCACUAAAGACCUUCUAAUUAGAGUCUAUUGUAUGUGUUCUGUGUAGAGUCUGAUCACGCUUUUGAAAAUGACAGUCAGACAUUUUUCUUGCGCUAGUUGUUUGAAAUAUAUGAUAUUGGCCGCGGUCCGAUUCACGCUCACACGCUUAAAAAUCAUUUUAUCCUUGUUUAUCAAAUAUUAAACGAAACAUAUGAUGCUCAUGAGCGUCGUCAGCAUGAAUCGGACCACGGUCAUUAUCUAGCCUUUUGACGACGAAUUGUUGCAAAAAAGUGCGCAACAAAUUAUUUUUACUUAGAAAGACAUACACAAUAAAAAGUUUGUUGCUUGAUGUUGGAUCGUUAGUGAAGCUACGAUACUGAUGUAUUGCAACAUACAGAAGAUAUUGCAACAUUUUAAGAGAGAUUAUUGGAUCAACCUGAGAAUUCCAUGAAAACAGCUGACGAACAAUUUAUUUGUGCUUAAUUUGCGCCAUUUAAAGUUAAAUUUGACGUAUUUUUAGAUGAAAAUACAUUUGAGUAGACAAAUGUACAUUCUAAGAAAUUAGAAAUUGUACUUUUGCGUUCGAGUGUCCUCGUAAAAAUAUCAAAAAGCUAUAUGGAACUACAAGAGACUGAUAUAAUUUGAACUUAAUUGAUGAUUUAACAAUUGGAGAUUAAAGAAUAUAUAGCUAGUUCGGGUUACACUUUAAGAAAAAAUGCAUUGAUUUACUAUAAUAGUCAUUAGAUCAUUCAUAUAGACAUAUCAUAAGUGACAUUUUGAUAUCGUGUAAUCGCGAGCGCUCGGUAAAUACAUAAAACACUGACAACGAGACGAGAUAACUGCCUUAAAUUUUCAAGAUAAGUGACAAUUUGAAUGACGUAAAAACAGAAAUGUUUUAUCUCUACAAAUUCUAUUACAUAUAUGUACUAGUGUAUCUGUAACAUCUCUUCUGCAAAGUCUCCUAAUCAGAUCUCCUUUCCAAAAUCACGCGCAAAUACUAUCUAUUAAAACGAGUUUAUUAAAAGCUGCAGUUAAACAUUUUUUUAUAUAUCUGAAAAAUUAUAAAAUUUUAACAUUUUAUAGAAAUUAUGAAGUUUGUUAAUUAUAUGUUUGUGUGAAUGAGAGGAACAAUUAAGGAACAUUAAGGAGAGGAACAGUAAUAAACAAUAAGAAGAAAAGAGAAAGGAGUUAAUGACCAAAAUGAAAAAUAAUCAGCAUUGCACGAUUCUUAACACGAGUGAGAACAAUUAUCAUCAACCGGUCUCGGCAAAACCUUCAGUUGUUUCAGUAUCUAGUAUCGAUUCCGACGUCAGUGACAGAAGAGAUGUACGAGAAGAAUUGUACGCCGGGAUUUUUAGGAGGCACAGAAAAACUAUAUUGGUAUUAGGCAGUUUUCUCAAAAUGUUAAGGAAAUAUUUGAACAGAUUGCAUGAACUGAGCCGAAUAUACGCCUUAAUUGCUUUAAGAUUCGAACUGCAUCCAAAGUUUUGGUAAAUUCACAAUAUUUUUCAUUUUGCUAUACAUUAUAGAAUUGUAUUUUCUCGUCUUAAAUAUACGUCGUUUCUCAUGUAAAAACAUGAUGUUCAUAUAUUACGGCGUUUAAAUGCUCUUUACGCUUUUACAAUAGAUUGAGAGAAAAUUUUGUUGUACAAUUUAAAAAAAAUGCUACUAAACAUAGAAUCGCUAAUAUGCCGAUACAAUUCGAAACGAUUCAUCAAAUUGAUAACACUUUAAUAUGUACUAAAAUUACUGUGUUAUUAUUGACGAGCUUAAUAUUUAUUAAAGAUAUUUAUCUGAGAGCAUGUAAAUAGAU